CAAACAUUUCAUUUCCACUCCCAAACCCCCAUGGGCUCAACUGAAGGAAUCCUGCCCAAAGCAUCAUAAAGAUGUCUCCCGACAGAGGCGGGCAUGUCUGGUGGCAUCGCGUACUACAGGAGCUCCUCAUUGCAGCUCCUAUGGCUAUCGGAGGCUUCUAUCUUGUCAAAUAUGUACUGAAGCAGAUGAACCUUGAUCCGGAAGCGGAUGCGAAAGAGCGCACCCGGCUACAGUCAGAGGCGAUCCUGCGCAGACUCGAUGAACCACAGACCACGAAAGCCAUUCUAUCUCAAGAUCCUCAAAUACCACUGAGAGAACAACUCGCAUUGUCGCAGUAUGAACAAGCCAUCCUACAAGAUUUGGUCUUUCCUGAAGAUAUACGCGUCACAUUCGAGGAUAUCGGAGGCAUGUCGGACAUCAUAGAAGAACUGAAGGAGUCGGUGAUAUACCCCUUGACUAUGCCGGAUCUCUACUCAACAUCUUCUUCAUUACUCUCGGCGCCUUCCGGGGUACUACUGUACGGGCAGCCUGGGUGUGGCAAAACCAUGCUUGCCAAAGCAUUGGCUCACGAAAGCGGUGCAUGUUUUAUCAAUCUACACAUCUCGACCUUGACUGAAAAAUGGUUUGGCGAUUCAAACAAGCUCGUCAAUGCGGUCUUCUCUCUGGCUCGCAAGUUGGAGCCAGCCAUUGUCUUCAUUGACGAGAUUGAUGCAGUUUUAGGUACGCGCCAUAGUGGCGAACACGAAGCAAGUGGCAUGGUGAAGGCAGAAUUCAUGACUCACUGGGACGGAUUGGCUUCGGCCAAUUCGUCGGGACGCCCUCAGCGCAUACUGGUUCUCGGAGCAACGAACCGUAUGCAGGAUAUCGACGAUGCAAUUCUGCGACGUAUGCCGAAAAAGUUCCCAAUUUCUUUGCCGAAUACUUCACAGCGAUUGAAGAUCCUCAAGAUCAUCCUUAAAGAUACCAAGGUAGACAGAGCGCAGCUUGACCUGGAAUAUCUAUCGAGAGUAAUGGCUGGCAUGUCUGGAAGCGACAUCAAAGAAGCUUGUCGGGAGGCCGCCAUGAAUCCCGUUCGUGAAAUGAUCCAGCGUCAAAGAGAGAACGGGCUGAGGAUGGAGAACAUGAAGGCUGGAGAGGUUCGGGGCCUUCGAACAUCGGACUUUUUCUCUGGUACAGCUACAUCCAAGUCUGCUAAGGGUGUAAAACAAGGGAAGGAAGAUGGGGAAUGGAGCACGGCGUCAUCUUCGCCAGGCGCUGAUUCGGACAUGGAAGAAGCUGUGGAGGAAAUUCAGCGAUAGCACCCAUAUAUACUUAACUGUGUGGUAUAAAUACUAUGUAGGCUCAUGGGGAUUAUGCACCUGCACAGCAGGCUUCAUGCGGUC